AUGGGCAAUGGGACCCCUGAUUCAGUGGUGGCGAAAUGGACCACCGCCAUUACCGAUAUCGAUCUUGAAGCUGUCCAACAACUGUUAAGCAGCCAUGGCGACGACUUGCUUUGGCAACCACUCGACAAGGAUGCAUUUAUCAACCACCGCGACAUUGUUGCUCAGCUUGAACAGGCGCAGCAGUUACUCGGCAACGACCUUGAUAACAUGUCAGCUAUCCCGUUUUUGCUACUGGAUCUUGACGAGAAUGCAACAAGCCUCAAAGGAGAAGAACACAUUAUGCAAAGAAAGAGAUCUGAACUACUCCAAUUUCUUAUUAAACACACAAAUCCAAACGAUUUGAAUUCUCAUUUCUGGGGUUCCUGUCACAAUACAACAUUGCAUUUGGCAUCCUUUCUUGGACAUACUCACAUGAUGGAUCAACUUGUACAACAAGGCGCUUCCAUGGAUAUCAAUAAUGAUUUGGGUCAUUCAUCCACAACCAUCAUCACAGCAACAAAGAAGGAUUCAAAAUCACCACGUCCCAAGAAAUCAGCUGAACGAUUCAAACAGCAGCUGGAUGAGAAUAGCAGUAGUCAAGAUGAAUUAUUACGACAUCAAACAAAGCGUCAACAAGAUAUUGCUCGCUUGGCAAAACGUUCAGCUGUCAAGAACAAUCCUCUCUUUAAAAAGUUUGAACAAUCACCUUCAUCAUCUUCUUCCAGCUUGGAUACAACAACAACAACAACAACAGGACGCAAAUCACCACGUCGACUCAAUGUACCUGAAAAGGUGGACCUUGUGCGUAAAAACUCAAAGGGCAUCAGCUCGCUAAAGAACAAGUCCUAUGUCACAUCGAGCGUAUUUCGUCAAGGCGAAUCACCAUCACCCUCACCAUCGCGUAGUCCUUCACCUUCCAUUCCUCCACCACCAUCACCAGAACCAUCCCAACAACCUGAUACCAACACCCCAUCAUCAGCCAUUGUCAAAGAGGAAGAGGAUAAUGAUGAUGCAGCUACAAUCGAGGAAAAUCAACCACAAUCAUCAUCGAUUACAAAAGAGACGAGCAAGGAUGAGGAGAUAGAGCAACAAAACGAGUCAUCGACAGGAAAAGAGCCAACGUCACCUGAGCAAUCACCUGAAGAUUCUAAAGAUGUACACUCAAAGGACAAUGAUGAAAAGAUGAAGCAAGAAGAUGAUCCACGCGAUAUCCCAACAUCGUCGACUGCAGACAAUGAUGAUGAUGAUGACAUUAUUCCGGUUGACAACAAGGAUGAGGAUCAUGAUGAAGAACAACCAGAUACGCCAACACAAGCGAAUUUACAUCGAUCAGCAGCUUCCGAUUCUUUGAAAUCAGCAGCUUCUUUACAAAGUGACAAAUCGGAGGACAGCAAUGUCAGCAAAGUAUCACCAAGCGCUGAAGAGCAAGAGGAGGAGGAGGAGCAACCAUCAACAAUGAUCGAGGACAAGGUUCCCAGUGACAAGAAUACAGCAAGAUUUUCGAGUGAUAGCAAUCAAUUAUUUGAAGCUCCAGCGGCCAUUGCUCAUGAUGAUAAUCCUCGUGCUAGUAUGCGUAGUGAAAUGAGCGACCAAUUCUUUGACAGUUACGAAGAAUGGAUCGAUACACCUCAAGGUCGCAUGUCACUCACCCCACCCGCUCGUAUGAACAACAAUGAUAAACGACAAUCAUCAUCACCUUUACGUCAAUCCAUCAUUGCUAUGAUCCCCACGCAUGAAGAAGAAGAAAAAGAAGGAGAUGAUGAUGAUGAUGAUACAACAUCCCAACAAGGAGAAGCAGCUCCACCAAAGACAUCUUCCGAGUUUGAUGAAACAUCUGUUGCUUCGCGUACACCCCCAGCAUCUUUUAGUCCACAGCAAAGACGAUCGAUGGGUACCGAGAGCAUUGAUACUUUGCCACCACUAAGUAUCAAAGGAGAAACAGGGGUAGAAGAGGAAGAACAAGUGCCACCAUUACCAGUGAAUGAGAUUACUACUGCUGCUGCCAGAACACGAGCCUCUCAUCAAAGCGACUAUGGCAGCAUAGCAGUACAAUCAACAUCCUAUUAUGUGGCUUUGGAUAAGCAAUCUGAAGAACGCAAAGAAGAGGAGGAACCAUCUCAUGAGGAAGAGCAACAACAAUCGGCCUCAGAGACCGAUACAAUUCGAUACACCGAAGAACGCAUAAAUGAAAGCACACAACAAAGUCAACAACAACAAGGCACCGAGGAAUAUGGCAACAUUGCAUUACGCACGACCUCCAAUUAUGUGACACAUCGACUUUCUCAGCACCAUCACCAAAAGGGUGAAUACGAGGAAUUUACGUCUGACUAUCGACCUCCUAGUGUGAAGCUUGAAUUACCCGAGAUUAAGACACAACAUCCAGGACAAUCGACAUCAGCGUUUGGCAAAUUGUAUAUCCGCAUCCACAGUGCUCAGGAUAUCCUGCUUCCUUUACCCAAGUUGACAAGCUAUGUGCGAUGCGUUGUGAGUGAUGGCGAAUUUGAAUUCAUGUCGCGAUACGAGUUACUUGGCCAAAAGAUCACGUUUGAUUAUGAAUGUAUCAUUGAUGCACGACCGGACAUGAUCAUCACAGCAGCAUUGCAUGUACGACCUGAUCCACACGUGCGACCCAAAACGGGACUAAGCAAGUUGCUCACAUCGGCUCGCAAGCAACGGGAAACUAUUGGCGGCUAUGUUCAUCCUGACGAUGGCGCUAUUGGACAAACGCGAUUUGCACUUGGCCAUAUGAUUCAGGCAUGCAAUCAAAAAACAUACCAAGCCAGCUUGGAUUGCUUCAAUUCGUGGUAUGUUCGAUCGUCACGUGAGCAAAAACGACAACAAAGCAUGGAUGAGGAUAUCCUCAAGGUGGUAGGAAGCAUGUCCAUGGAAAUGCUUUAUUUGCCUGUCACCGAUCCUACCCUUCCUAUCCCCAAGAAUCUAAGAGAGUGUGAUUUAGCACUACGGAUACGACAAUGGCAUGAUACUUGUUGGCAUAGUGGCUAUCUUUCCAUACGUGUAGCAGGCUCCAAGUUAUGGGAUCGACAUUAUUGCAGGUUGAUCGGAAGUCAAUUGCUUGGCUAUGCAUCCAAGACGGCUUCUUCAUGGACACCACGUGUACAAUAUGAUAUUGCAGAUGCAUUAAGACUCGUUGCUUCUUCGGAUCAAGUCAUUGUGACCCUAGUCGAUGUACCUGAUACCCGCGUGUUCCAAGAAGACACCAUCAUUGAGGAAACCAGCCGAGGAUACUUCCGAAUCACUUUUCCAGAUAUUCAUGUCGACUGCGUAUGUGAUGAACCCCAUGAAAGUGAAGCUUGGGUCAAAAUGUUGAAAUCCAUGAUCGGCCGAGUGCCCCUGAAAGUACCAUUCUCCCUAUAG